AUGUAUUGCAGGGCAGGCGGGGAUUUAAUUCAGCAAGGACCUUCCUGUUGCCUGGAUCCUGGUGGUGCCUGAGCUCUGCUGCCUGCAUCCUCCAGCUCCGGUCGGGACGCCCCUCUGCCCGGGGAGCCCAAGACACUCAAGCAUCCCCCAGCAGGAGCGGUUGUGUGAUCCUAAUCCUGACACCAUCUCUCACAUGGAAUGCAAGAAAGAACCCUGUGUCCCGGACCCCAGCGAAUGGCUGAAUCAAAGAGAUGCCUGCAAAGCAGAUCAACAGAUCCUGAGCCAAAUUAAAGAGGAGACCCCACUGCAGGAGGGCGCUGGGAAAGCAGAGUCGUGCGAGGCGUCAGCAGAGAGAGCUGGAGGGGACGUCUCACAGCAGAUCCAGCCUGGGACAGGGGGAAACCCUGUGGAGCACGAUCACCCUACCUCCACCACCCGACUGAGGGCCAGGCGACCCAGACGGGCUGUCACCCAGCAGAGUCGGCGGGCGGCUGGGGAAAACCUCACUGAGCGGGAUGUCCUAGACCCACCGGCAUCCCGGCGUCCCAGCACCUGCACCGCCUGCGGGAAAACCUUCAGGCUGAGCUCGAGCUUGCUGCGUCACCGUUGCAUCCCGCUGGGUCAGAAGCCUUACCGGUGUGAUGAAUGCGGCAAGGCCUUUGCCCAGAGCCAGAACUUCCUGGCCCACCAGCGGGUCCACACGGGCGAGCGUCCCUUCCUCUGCACCCAGUGUGGGAAGAGCUUCUCCCAGAGCCAGAACCUGCGCACCCACUGGAAGAUCCACGGGGGCCAGCGGCCCCACCAGUGCCCCGAGUGCGGGAAGAGGUUCAACAAGACCUGCAACCUCCUCAAACACCGCAGAGGCCACCAGGGCCACAAACCUUUCCGGUGCGCCCAGUGCGGCAAAGGCUUCGCGGAGAGCUCCUCCCUGAUCCGCCACCAGCGCACCCACACCGGCGAGCGGCCCUUCCGCUGCCUGGACUGUGGCCACGCUUUCACCCAGAGAUCCAACCUCGUCAAGCACCAGCGCGCUCACACCGGCGAGCGGCCCUACCGCUGCGAGCAGUGCGGCAAAACCUUCGGCAAGAGCUGCUCCGUCAUCCUGCACCAGCGCAUCCACACCGGCGAGCGGCCCUACCGCUGCGAGGAGUGCGGCAGGCGCUUCAGUCAGCAGGGCCACCUGGCUGCCCACUGCCGCAUCCACACCGGCGAGAAGCCCUUCGCCUGCAUCGAGUGCGGCAGCAUCUUCAGCCAGAGCGCCACGCUGAUCCGGCACCGCCGCCUGCACCAGCGGGAGAGGGAGCAGGCAGGGCAGGCGCCGCGGUCGGGAGAAGAUGGGGGUUCGGAGAAGGAGGCACCGGGCAAGAGCAGUGCCCGGCGGGGGAGCGCGCGGCCGGGGAGCACCAAUACGGCUACUCCGGCCUGUGACAUACCUUGGGCUGCGGAAACAGAGUCGCAGAUGUAAAGACCAUGUAACCUCCCAGUUACCCCUAGAAGGCACCAGCCCACACUUUGAGUGUGGGUUAAAUCAGCUUCUCUUCUAAUGAUUGAUUUAAAGCAGCAGGCCACAGGGACUUAAACAGAAAGACUGUGUUAGGUAAUAUUCCUGGCAUUAAAAAAAAAAAAAAUCAACUACAGGGCUGGACUGACUGAUCGCCCAACACCUCUGCAAGCUGCUGCCACCUGCAGAGAUGGCGGAGGCGAGGGGUGAAAAGCAAAGGAAACAGACCCAGCGUGAAAACUGGCCCAGUUCUUCGUCUUUCCUCUUGCAUGCGUGGGUCUGCGGUGUGGCACUAAGAGAGGAGGGUUACGGGGCAGCACCAUGACACCCCCAGUGGGGUCGUCAUCGGGGCUGGGAUCCAGCAUCCUGAUGUUAAAUGGGCCGGUGUCUGCUCCCGAGCGUAGCUGGCCCUGCCGCUAACUGGAGACGCAGCCGCACUGCCUGCCAGGGUGGGCUGCGACAGGGAUCACAGACGGCGUUUCAUUUACUGACCAAAUGAGCUGCAGUUUUGGCCGCCCAAUCAGCUGUGCCCCAGAAAGCUACCGGCCGCCCCAGCUUUUAAGCUAAUAAAACACGUCCAAUUAUCACCAACCAGACCCUGUUUAUUUGAUUGACAUAACCGGUCUCUGCUUUUCUACUGCCCCUCCCCCUGCUCCCCAGACAGAGCAGUAACGGUGGGGGCCUGCCUGGGCGCAGCACGUUGCCCAUGGCAUUGCAUUAAUUCUGUUCAUGUCACAGGGAUGGUCAGGGGGACAGCACCUGCUCCCAGCUCAACCUCCAGAGUUGCUGCAGGGGAAACAGCAGGAUCCUUAGCUACCCCUCCACGGGCACGCUUCACUCACCUCUUUAAAAAUCCCAGGGUCCAGAUUGGGGCAAACAUUGGAAAUUCCUAAUCAAAUACAAAUUUCUUAGGGGCACUGGUUGGAUGCCAUUGGCAACAGCCACCCUUUGAACCCACUGAUCUGAGCCAGGUGCGGCACGCCUGGCUUUUGUGGCCUGUCGUGCUGGCAGAUUGCAGUAGGUUUUAAGUGGAACGCUCACUUUUAAGGCUGUCCCAUGGCGGGAAGCAGCUAAACCAGAUCUGCAGCCUGUAAAGGGUUAAUUGGGCUGGGGAACUUGGAAUAAGGUGUGUCAUAAACAGAUGUUAAGGGUUAAUGUCUCUCUUACCUGUAAAGGGUUAACAAACAGGGACCCCAAACACCUGACCAGAGGACCAAUCAGAAGACAAGAUACUUUCAAAUCUCAUGGGAGGGAAGCCUUUGUUUGUGGGGUUUGGGUUUGGCUUUGGCUUUGUUCUCUCUGGGUCCUGGAUGGGACUAGAGGUGUAACCAGGUUUCUGCCAAUCUCCCUGCUACAGUCUCUUAUCUAUUCAGAAUUGUAAGUAAGAAAAGGCGGUCAUAGUCUUUUUAAUUUGUUUUUUUUUUCAUUUACAUAUGUGUACCUGCCGGAAGUAGCUUAAAUUGUGUUUCUGCUGGAGAAAGUUUCUUUCUAUUGUGUAUAAGUUGAAAGACCCUGUAACUUUUUACCAUCUAAAGUGCAGAGAUAAACCUUUUACUUUUUCUUUCUUUUUUUAUUAAAAGUUUUGAUUUUUAA